AAUAUUCUAUCAGACAUUAAAGCAUCUUAAUUUAUAAUAUUUCUAACGGCCUCUAUCCACAUGAUGUUAUAUAAUCCAACAGUCCUUAUUUAACUUGAUCAUAUUUCAAUGAACGUUUCACAGCCUCAAAUUCAGAGGCAUUAUUUUCCCUCCUGAUGUUGGUCGGUAGGUGGCGCCAAAGGGAAGGUCCAGACCGAGUAGGCCAAGGUAAACCCCCUGUCUUCUAACACGUCCGGAGGACUGCUACAAACCCUGCAGAACCAGCUGUGGACUCAUUACUCCAGAGAACCACCGUAGUGUUACAAUGAGCGGACGAGGCAAAGGAGGGAAAGGUUUGGGCAAAGGAGGCGCCAAGCGCCACCGUAAAGUCCUCCGCGAUAACAUCCAGGGAAUCACCAAGCCGGCCAUCCGCCGUCUGGCUCGCCGCGGGGGAGUCAAGCGAAUCUCCGGCCUCAUCUACGAGGAGACCCGCGGGGUGCUGAAGGUGUUCCUGGAGAACGUGAUCCGUGACGCCGUUACGUACACCGAGCACGCAAAGAGGAAGACCGUCACCGCCAUGGAUGUGGUGUACGCUCUGAAGAGGCAGGGCCGCACUCUGUACGGCUUCGGAGGUUAAACUGAGCCCGGUGAUUACAGCGAACCAAAGGCCCUUUUCAGGGCCGAACCACCACUGCUGCUUCUGGGGCAAAGAUGCUUGAUUCAGUCACCAAAGUCUUGAGCUUCUUCAGUUAAAUAAAUUGAAAUUAAUCUAAACGUGUUGGCUGAAAACCCUAAGAGUUUGAUUUAGAUACAUGACGUCAUGUAUGAAAGUUAAUGUAUAUAUUUAUAAAUAGUAGUUAGAAUCUGGAAAAUCACCUGGUGUGUGGAGACCAGUUCAAGUUGCUGAACAUUCAUGUUAAAAGGACUUUAUACUUUUUGCAGUUACUCUAAACCCUGUCAUUAUGUUUCAGAUUUUUAGACCUAAAGACACUAAAAUAGAAUAGAAGUACUUUAUUCAUCCUAGC